AGCACCGUUUUGCGCGCGCGACGGUGGUUUGCGCGGCACGUAGAACCGAGCGCCCGGUCCUGGGGCGACGAUGUCGGAGUUGGAGAAGUCCUUGUUGGAAGCAGCGAAGACGCUGAACUUGGAGGCGGUUCAGGAGUUGUUGAAGAAAGGUGCUGAUGCCACCUACAUCGAGGACCCCGAGGGAGUCUGGGGAAGCCGGGCCAAGAACGGGCCACUCCACUUGGCACUGCGGAAGAGGCCCUACAAGUCGGACGAGGAUGUGAGCUCCUAUCGCGAGCAGAUCGACAACUGGACUUCGGUGGCCCGAUCUUUGAUUGAGGCCAAGGCCGAUGUGAACGCCGUCAGCGAGGAGUUCGACUGGCGAGGCUGUGGCCAUGCCGAAAGUGCCUUCGAUUUGGCGAUACCCUUCGUGGUGCAAGACAUCGCCUUCCUGGAGCUCUUCUUGGGCCACGGAGCUGAUCCGAACACCGUCCGCCUGCACGAGGUGCAUUCCAUGCGCACUGAUGGACGGAGCCAGGUGCCCAUCCUUCACGAAGCGGUGAAGGAGGGUCAGAUCGCGGCCGUCCGAACGCUCUUGGAGCAUGGCGCCUGGGUGGAUGCGUUUUCGCACCAGGAAUUCUUCAACGAGCGUGGCUUCAACCGUCACACCGAGGAGACGGCGCUGCAUUUGGCCUGUGAUGCCGGUGAUCUGCCCAUGUGCGCGUUGCUCUUAUCUAAAGGAGCUCAGGUGAACACUUGGAGGAAGCGCACAGAGCACGUGCCCUCCUUGACGCCCUCGCCCACGGACGACCCGCGCGAUGCGCGCUUCGUCUCCAGCGUGCUCUGUGUGCCCAUCGAGGAGACGGCGCUGCACAUCGCUCUCCAGCAGAAAAACCCCGAGCUCGCCACGCUCUUGGUCUGCUCUGGUGCUGACCUGACGCUCCCACGCCGGCGUGAUGGCAAGGCGAGUAGCUGCCAAGAGCUUUGCGAAGGUGAGGAGAGAUUGGCUGAGGCCCUCAAGGCCACGUGGAGCCCCGAGACGCAUCACCUCUUUCCGAGCAAGGUGCGCGAGAGCGUGAAAACGGCUCUGAUGAUUUCUCAAAGGCAGAAAUGGCCAGUGCCAGACAGCGUCCUCUUCAAGGUCUGCGCCAUGUUCGCUGGCCCGGACCAAGCCGUGGCCUCGUAAGAAGACCUCGUUCCAGACAGCGCAGUACACGAACCGUGACGGUGCAGGACGAAGGAGUCGCACAUUGGUAUUGGCCCAUCAUCCGUAUUGCCAUGGAUCCAAUUCGGCAUGGCCUGUGCAUCGGUUGCUUUGGUCCUCCUUUCUGGCGGAAGCUCCAAGCGCCCUGCAGCGCCCUGCACCGAUCACGGCGACGAUUUUAAAGAGGCAUCCUUGUGGUGCCAAAGUUAGCGUUCAAACGCAUCCGUUCCAAUGCAUUUGAAGUCCAAAAGAUUGCCCUGCGGAUCCAACAAUUGAAUGAAGAUGGAGC